CGUCCCUCGCCCUGCCUGGCGCCCCGCCCAUUCCAAAUCCUUGCGGCUGAGGAGGGAGCGAAGGUCCCUGCAGUGUGUGAUGCAGCUCCUAGCGUGGCCGUGACACUUUUCUUUCCUCCUGCAGCUCCCAGGGCUGGGGAGAUGACGGUCAUGACCCACUGCUGGGGUGGCUGCGGGGGGCCGGCGUGCCCGUGAGCUCAGCGGGGCGGAUCAAAGGCGGGUGGCUGGGAAGGAGCAGCUCCGGUGGGGCAGCAGCGAGAGGAGGCACUCACCAUGGAGUUCACGGUGAUCGACUACAGCAUCUUUGCGCUGCUGCUGGUGCUGUCGUCGGCCAUCGGGCUCUUCUACGCGCUGAGCGGGAACCGGCAGCGCACAGUGCAAGAGUUCUUGCUGGCCAACCGCAACAUGAGCUUCCUACCCGUUGCUCUCUCCCUGCUGGCCACUUUUCAGUCAGCUGUGGCUAUCCUGGGUGUGCCAGCCGAGAUCUAUCGCUUCGGUACCGAGUACUGGUUCCUCGGCUGCUCUUACUUCCUGGGGCUGCUCAUCCCAGCCCACAUCUUUAUCCCUAUCUUUUACCGCCUGCACAUCACCAGCACCUAUGAGUACUUGGAGCUGCGCUUCAACAAGACGGUGCGGGUCUUUGGCACUGUCACCUUCAUCUUCCAGAUGGUCAUCUACAUGGGAGUGGUGCUCUAUGCACCUGCACUGGCCCUCAAUGCAGUGACAGGCUUUGACCUCUGGAGCGCGGUGCUGACCAUUGGGCUGGUCUGUACGCUGUACACCACCCUGGGUGGGCUGAAGGCUGUCAUCUGGACAGACGUUUUCCAGACGCUGGUGAUGUUUGCAGGGCAGCUGGCUGUUAUUGUGGUGGGUGCCCGGCGAGUGGGUGGCAUGGCCCGCAUCUGGCACCUGGCCGAGCAGGAGGGCAAGAUCUCUGGCAUCGACCUGGACCCUGACCCUUUCAAGCGUUACACCUUCUGGACCCUGUCGAUGGGAGGGGUCUUCAUGAUGCUGUCGCUCUAUGGGGUGAACCAGGCACAGGUGCAGCGGUACCUCAGUGCCCGCAGCGAGUGGGAGGCCAAGCUCUCCUGCUACGCUGUCUUCCCCUGCCAGCAAAUCGUGCUGUGCCUCAGCUGCCUCACCGGCCUCGUCAUGUUCAUCUAUGACCGGGAGCACCCAUUGGCACCUGCCCAGCGCCCCAGAUCCUCUGACCAGCUGGUACUGUACUUCGUGAUGGACGUGCUGCGGGACCUGCCUGGGCUUCCUGGGCUCUUCGUUGCCUGCCUCUUCAGUGGUUCUCUCAGCACCAUUUCCUCUGCUUUCAACUCGCUGGCCACGGUGACAAUGGAGGACCUGGUCCGUCCCUGCUGCCCUGGGCUGUCGGAGUCACGGGCCACUCUGCUCUCCAAGCUGCUGGCUCUUGGUUAUGGAUUGCUUUGCCUGGGGAUGGCCUAUGUGUCCUCCAUGCUGGGCCCUGUGCUGCAGGCAGCCAUCAGCAUCUUUGGCAUGGUGGGGGGCCCGCUCCUGGGGCUCUUUUGCCUGGGCAUGUUCUUCCCCUGUGCCAACUCCAUGGGUGCUGUCGUGGGGCUGCUGGCAGGCCUCGCCAUGGCCUUCUGGGUAGGCAUUGGCAGCCUGCUGCAGAGCAUGGGGGCGGCCAGGGAGCCCUACCCACCCAACAGCACUCUGCUUCCCACUGCCGGCAACCUCACCACUGCCCUUGCCACCACGCUGCUGACCCCCACGCUGGCCCCCCAGAGCCCCAGUGGGCUGCAGAAGUUCUACAACUUAUCCUACAUGUGGUACAGUGCCCACAACUCCACCACUGUCAUCCUGGUGGGGCUUCUGGUCAGCCUGCUCACUGGCCCCACACCGGCAGCAGCUGUGGACCCCCGCACCAUCUACCCGGUGCUGCCACGCCUUCUGUGCUGCCUGCCCCACAAGUACCGGCAGAAGCUGUGCUGUGGAGUGGUCUUCCCAGACCAGGUGAGGGGCCCAGACCCCAGCAGGGGAGGGGCACGGGGUCUGUGCCACCCUCCCCAUGCUCCUGCUGCCACUGCUCUGUCUCCACAGGACGGCGAUCAGACAGAUACUGUGAUGAAGAGCAAUGGGAUGGCCAACGGCUUGGUGCCCCCUGGCUCCAGGCAGCGAGAACAGGAGACUGAAGGGCAGGGAUACAUCUCUAUGGGUGGAGCCCCCGAGUAUUCCCUGCAGGAGACCUCCUUCUGAGCCCCCCAGUUCUGAGCUCUCCCAAAGCAUGGGGGUCCCAGGUGCCCCCUGCACCCUUCCCCAGCUCCCCCUGAAGCCAGGGGGCACAGACCCUUAUGGGUUGCUAGCACAGAGCUGGGGAGCACUGAUAACAGAGGGGCUGGGUCCUUCAGUGGAGGGGGCUGACUGGGCUGCACCCCUGUGAGCAGCCAAGCUCCCAGCCUUCCAGCUGUCCAUGACAGGGGCUGUGCUAGACUCUGUCCUCUGGCCAGGGGGCUUUGGGACCACAGGUAUUGGGGCGGGUGUUGGAGCGGUGCCUUGUCCCCGCCCUGGGCUGGGUUGUUGCCUGGUGUCCCCAGCCUGGCCAUGUGCCUUACUGCACUGCUCCCAGUCUGGGGGCUGCCCCACAUCUCCCCAGACCCCAUCACCCAUCUCUGUGUUUGUUGUCCCCCCAAUAAAUGGUUCUGGAGCACAGUUGUUGGAGAAGCUCCAGGACCAACAACCUCCCCACCAUCACAUGGAGCCUGUGGGGACAUGGACUCCUGUAUUCCCAAGCAGUGGGGGGCUCUGCAGUCCCCUGGAAGCAGGAACCUUGACAAACAGGGUAGAUUUAUGGCCAUAGCCUUGGCCUCUUUCCCAUG